AUGUGGAUAUGGUGGUGAUAAGGAGGUUGGUAUGGCAUAUGGAGUGGUCAGGAAGCUGGUAUGGGUUAUGCUGGUGAUCAGGAUGCUGGUAUGGGGUAUGGCAGUGAUCAGGACACUAGUACGGGGUAUGGAGGUGAUCAGGGUGCUGGUAUGGGGUAUGGCUGUGAUCAGGGUGAUGGUAUGGCAUAUGGGAUGAUCAGAAUGCUGGUAUGGGGUAUAUCAGUGAUCAGGAUGCUGGUAUGGGGUAUGGUGGUGAUUAGGCACUGGUGUGGGGUAUGGCGGUGAUCAGGAUUCUGGUAUGG